AGUUUACCUUCCCUGGUGUCCCCGGGUACCCACUCAUCAACCAGCCCCAGAGAAGAGAUGAACAGGUGGGGAGAAUGAACUGGGUGAGCCGGGAGCCGAGAUCGAACUCCGAUUCGUAGCUAGGUGCGCUAAUCUCUACACUACGAAAGCGUUAAUUGUGGGUACUGUGCCAUAAUAUCUACUACACAGAUGGGCAAACACACGGACUUAUGGAUUUGCAGGUUUUGCCGAUGUCACAUUAUUUUUUAAUGUGAAUGAUUGCCUGGUAAUUUCUCUUACCACUCAUCUCAUUUCCAAGCUUAUCAACAACAGUCAUCAAUGCGAACUAAAGCAAGGCCAUCCCGCGGGCCAUGAUUAAAGCCUCGUGAACAAAAGCAUUGGCGUUGUAAGCGUUUCGUCAUGUUGGUUCCCACAAUCAUCUGCCCGUAUCUCACCUUCAGCCUUACUGAGCCCACCGCAACUCGCUGCCCACGACAAUAGCCCCUGCGGCGCACAUCUCCAGCGCCCCCGUCACUGGCCACUCGUCAGCACUUGUCAGGCUUCCGCCCCUCACACUAAGCACUGUAGAGCGCUCGGCGGUCUGCAAGUCGCUCCACCACCUCUCCUGCUCCAUAUCAUCUUUAGAUCUUGCUCCACACGGUGCCGGCGGCUGGCCUACGUUAUACUGCUGUGCUCCCUUGAACGCAUGUAUACGCUCCCCUCUUGCACUAUGCCUUCAUGAUCUUAUAACGCAGGAAUUAGUGUGUGCUCAAUUUUUUUUGUGACGUAAACCGAAGGUGCGGAGGGGAGGCUCGUUCCUGGGUGGUGUCUGGGAGAAGACAUCACCACAUCGUUCGGUGGUGCCCUCCGGUGUGAGGGGCAGUGGAGGGCCAGCUAGCCAUCCGUCGCAUGGCACGACCGCCACGCACCACACAUUCCGGCAAGCAGCGGCAGUGCGAAAGUAAACAUGAACAUAAACACAGAGCGAUACAUGUCACAUAAACUCCCCGCGUUACUUUCCAUGUGAAGAGCUAAACAAAACAAUCAAGUGUAUGGUAAUGAUCUCUGAAGGCGGGAUGACGUCUGUCGCUAUUAAGACCACUGGAAAUAUUGCUCCUUGUGACUGACUUUUGUACUGUCGCCCAGCAGCAAGGUGAAGGGCAUCGCCAAUGGGGAAGAAGAAGCUUGAGCUGAAGCGUUGUGAGCACAGUGACAUCAUGGAGGUGGAGGAGCCUGUGGAGGAGGAGGGAGGAAGAGGCGGUGGCGGGGGAGGAGGAGGAGGAAGAGGGGAGGAGGAGACGUCUUCGAUGAAUCCAGGAGCUCAAGCACGACGCGACGCCUUCAAGAAGCUGAAGACCUCCAAGCCCUCAGAGAAAUCUAUGGAUUUUGAUGACCUGUUGCCUCACGUCGGGGAGUUCGGCCGCUACCAGAAGCUGCUCAUCUUCCUCAUCUGCCUACCGGCGUGCAUCCCUUGCGGCUUCCACGCCUUCAACCAGCUGUUUAUGAGCCCCGUGCCGCCCCACUGGUGCCGCGUGCCCGAGCUGGAGGAGGCGGGACUCACGCCGCUGCAGGCCAGGAAUAUUUCAAUACCUAGGGAGAGUAACGGAGAGUUCAGCCAGUGCAUGCAGUACCUGGUGACUAAGAGAUUGCAGUACGACCUGGUGUGUCAGCGAAACAUCUAUCCCACCAUCGGCCUCUCGGUGCUCAACAUCGGCGGCAUCAUCGGGGUCUACGUCUUCGGCACCAUCUCCGACAAGUUCGGGCGCCGGGUCUCCUUCCUCGUGUGCUUGGGUCUGGAACAGGUGGCGGGCCUCGUAACUGCCUUCGCCCCCGACUAUUGGAGCUGGGCCGCGUGUCGCUUCCUCGUCGGCCUCACCGUUCCGGCCAUUUACCAGAUUCCAUUCAUCAUCUCGCUGGAGUUGGUUGGGCCGAGUUACCGCAGCUUCGUGACCGUGAUGACGUGUCUCUUCUACGUCGGCGGGAUGCUACUGCUGGCGGGAGUGGCUUACCUCAUCAGGAACUGGGUGUACUUGUGUCUCACCACCUCCCUGCCGUUCUUUACCUACGUCGUCUACUGGUGGUACCUCCCUGAGUCCCCGCGGUGGCUAUUGUCCCAGGGGCGCCUGCAGGAGGCCAGAACCAUCCUCGUCAAGAUGGCGCAGGUCAACAAGACGCAGCUGCCAGAGUCGUUCCUCCAGAAACUUCAGGACCGCAUGUUGGCUCAGCAGGCCCUCAGCGUCAGCUCGGCACAGUACCACACCAGCUCAGGCUUCUUCAGCAUGUGCCACACUCCCAACAUGCGUCUCAAGGCCAUCCUCAUCACUAUGGUGUGGUUCGCUAACGAGACUGUGUACGUGGGUCUGAGUUAUUACGGGCCGGCGAUGGGCGAGAACGAGUACCUUUCCUUCUUCUUGGCGUGUGCCGUGGAGGUGCCGUCCUACCUCCUCUGCUGGAUAGUGAUGGACCGCUGGGGCAGGCGCUGGAUCCUCGGCGUCGGCAUGAUCGUGGGGGGCAUCUUUUCCAUCUGCACCGUGCUUAUGCCUGAAGACGCCUCGGUGGCCACGCUCGUGCUCUACCUCGUGGCCAAGUUCGCCGAGUCCGCCGCCUUCCUCAUCAUCUACCCCUUCGCCGCCGAGCAGUACCCGACGGAGGUGCGCGGCGUGGGCAUCGGCUUCUCGGCCUACGUCGGGGGCCUCGGUCUGGUUAUCAUCCCCUUCAUCAACUACCUGGGCACGGAGAUGCUGGUGCUGCCGCUGCUCAUCAUGGGCGUGGUGUCGGCGGUGGGCGGUGUCCUCGCCUUCAGGCUGCCCGAGACACUCCAGCAGAAGCUGCCCAAUACGUUGGCCGAGGGUGAGGCCUUCGGCAAGGACUUCGCGUGGAGCAACUGCCUGACCUGCGUGCCCGAGGGGAAGCAGGAGCUGAAGGAGGCUGAGGCACAGGCCGAGGAGAUAGUGAGCGGGGAGGACCUGGGGCGGCGGAGGUCAUCGUCGGGGGCUGCAGGGCGGGGCGGGGCCGAUGAAGCUACGCCCCUCCGUCGACUGGGCUCCCUUGGGGCCCGCCAGAGCUUGCUGACCCGGCAGAGCAGCGUCAUGGACACCCCUAUCAUCACGGACGCCUCGGGGGCCAUGAAAAUCACCUUCUGGGUGUAAUUUUCCCUCUCCAUGCCGCAGCUUUGUCCUGCGUGGCUGGAGGCUGACGUGGGCUGACGUGUGGCCCGGCAAAUGCUAAGUCAAAGAAAGCCGUUUAGACCCCUCACAGCUGACACAAGACGAGUACACUAGGAAGUCGAAAAGAAAAAAAUGGAAUACCUACUGUUUGGGGGAAAGAAUAUCUCCUCCUUUACGCCCUGGAGAUACGGCGAUUCCAUCUCCCUCGCAGCCACCAAGGUCUUUAGAUCUUGGUAGCCACAAGCGAGCUGACCCCCUCGCGGUGUGAAGUCGGAGAACUGGAUGCAUCAACUUUGCGUGUUAAGACUGGUGGCAACAGUGGUGGCGCCAAUGCAGAGCUUGGAUGAGACUCCCAAAUUCUCUCUUUAUAGAUUUUAAAUAAAUUACAUUGUUCUUUUCUUCCCAUUGCACUUGAUGGAAACCGCCCCAAGUCUACUUCUGAAAAUCCUGGAGCUGCCGCCUCUAGUUUUCAGACACCUAAUUUCUUGAAGUUUCAAGGUAUCUCAACGAAGGAUCCUUUGUUUUUGUGUGAGUAAUGGUCAUACUGAUUUCAAGUGUGCGUGUAACGCAAAGGCUAAGCAGGAUAGACUGUGUGUGUGUGUACAAUUUUCACCAAGUGUCUUCCUGGACUAAGCUCAUGUGUUUUGGGAUAAGUUAUUGAUUGUUGUAUCCUCCUGAAUGAGGCAGAAAAGUCAGAUUCUUUCACUUGUAUUGUUGCAGAGUGGAUAGGUAGAGUGGUGAGUACGAGGAAGAAUAAGGCGAGUGAGUCCUCAACCAGUCUUCUUUUGUCAGUUUCCCUGAGGCAGAUGGGCCUCAUUUACCAUAGUCAAAAAAGUUUUGACUUGUUAGUUUGUGAAAUGCUGAAUAAACAAACCUUGGUUCCCAGA